CACAAGCUUCUUCUUCCUCCUCCUCUUCAGAGAUCGAUCUAGCAUUUCAGGAGAUUUGAUCAGUGAAAGCAAUGAUGAAGAGUGUUGCUUUCGAGGAGAAGGAAAUGGCGCGGGUGCUUCUGCUGGUGUCGCGGGAGCAAGCGAUGCAGAUGGCUAUGCCCAUGCCGGUACCAGUGGCCCUGCGCGGUGACCGCUCGCCGGAACGCGCGUUCGUGUGCAAGACCUGCGGCCGGGUGUUCCCGUCGUUCCAGGCGCUGGGCGGGCACCGCGCCAGCCACAAGAAGCCGCUGCUGGACGGCGACGACCUCAAGCCUAAGUUGCACGGGUGCUCCGUCUGCGGCCUCGAGUUCGCCAUCGGCCAAGCGCUCGGCGGCCACAUGCGGCGCCACCGCGCCAUGGGCGGCGUCAUGGCGCCGCUGGCGGUGAUCAAGAAGCCCCGCGGGGUUGCUGUUGGCCGCGGCAACAAGCGCGGGCUGUGGCUCGACCUGAACCAUCCGCCUUGCGGCGACGACGCCGAUCACGGCGAGUGCGGCCACGACGCUGCUGCCGCCGGGUACAAGUUCCAUCAGUUUUUGGACACUGGGAUCAUGGCGGUCGACUGCGUCUAGCUGCCACACACAUUUGCCGGGUUUUUGCCGGAUAGUAGAUAUGAGUGCCUGAUAGAAGGCAUGUCACAUAGAUCAUUUCUUUUUGAGGUGGUAGUGUGCUCAAUUUGGUGGCUUGUAGGCUUACCAGAGCUAGUUACCACGGGUUUACCGGUCAUUAUUUCUCCGGUUAUAUUUAUGAAAAACCCUUCGUCAAUUGGCUCAAUGUAAUUAUAUAUUUAGUGAGAGUAAAAUAUAUACGGGGCUUGUGGAUCA